AUGAUCUCCUCUUGUUUCAAAACAGCUUUGCAAAACAGGAGACUUCUUACUAUGAGCGUCGAGAGGGCCCUGGCCGAAAGAGCUGCUGAGCUUGCAACUAACUAUGAUAAUGUCCUUUCCAAAGUACAGAAUAAGUCGCAAGAGCAUCGAGUGAGAUUGGUAGCGGUCUCAAAGCUCAAACCAGCUUCUGAUAUCCUCGCUCUUUACGAUCAUGGAGUUCGUCAUUUUGGAGAAAAUUAUGUUCAGGAGAUGAUUUCAAAAGCUAAAGAGCUUCCGAAGGAUAUCAAGUGGCAUUUCAUUGGUGGGCUUCAAACAGGUAAAUGCAAAGAUUUAGGGAAGGGCAUCGAGAAUUUGUUUGCAGUCGAGACUCUAGAUUCUCUCAAGAAAGUGAGGAAACUUGAGUCUGCUCGUGAAAGUGCAAAGUUGCCACCCAUAAAUGUUUACUUACAAAUAAAUACUUCCAACGAGGAGCAGAAAGCUGGUUAUACCUUACAAAACGUCGAUGAGAUCUACGAAACAGUUGAAUACCUACAGCAAAGUAAAACGCUCAUCUUCAAGGGCUUAAUGACCAUUGGCUCUUUCGCAGAGUCUACAUCUGACAGUGGAGUCAAUCAGGAUUUUUCUCGUCUAGCUGCAUUGAAAAAGCAAUUGGAUGAAAAGUUUUCCUUAGACUUGGAGUUAAGCAUGGGUAUGAGCAAUGACUUUGAAGCUGCUAUCGAGCAGGGCUCUACAAGUGUUCGUGUCGGUACUUCAAUUUUUGGUGCCAGGCCCCCAAGGAAUGGUCACUGA